AUGUGCGCACUGAAUGAAUCUCGAGGAGUUGAGAUUAGUGACAAUAUGGUCCCAAGUGAUGAAGCCAACAUUGAAGAAAGGAGAAAAACAAAAGAAGAUAACGGCUUCCAUGGACUUCUCCGACGACUGCCGGUGAAUGAGGUGGCAGAAGAGCUGCUAUUGCUUGGGAAGAUUGCUUGUCCAGUGGCACUAACAACCUUUAUUAUGUUCUCAAAGUCCACCAUUUCCAUGCUUUUCUUGGGACGUAUGGGGAAGAUUGAGUUAGCUGGAGGCUCUCUCGCAAUUGGGUUUGCAAAUGUCACAGGCCACUCGGUCAUGAAAGGCCUAUGUAUGGGGAUGGACCCCAUUUGUUGCCAAGCCUAUGGAGCCAAGAGAUGGUCUGUUCUCAGCCAGACAUACUUCAAAACUUUCCUUCUCCUCUUGCUAGCAUCUGUACCCGUCUCACUGCUUUGGCUUAACGUUGAACCUGUCUUCUCCCUUCUAGGUCAAGAUCGCAUCAUGACUAAAGUGGUCAAGGGUUACCUAGUUUUCUCCAUUCCUGAAUUGCUAGCCAAUGCUCACCUCAACCCAUUGCGCUCAUUCUUAAGGACUCAAGGCUUAAACUCAGCAGCUACAGUAGUCGCUACUUGUUCUACAAUCCUCCACCUGCCCAUAAACUACCUCCUUGUGACGCAUUUGAAUUUAGGGGUCAGAGGCAUUGCCUUAGCUUCUGUUUUGCACUCAUUGAACAUGAACAUGGGUUUAUUACUUUAUGCGUUUAUGUCAAAAGUUUCAAUUAAACCCUGGGCUGGGGUGACAUUUUUGUCCACCUUCCAGGGCUGGGGGCCAUUGCUGAGUUUAGCGAUCCCUAGUGUGUGUUCUGUGUGCUUGGAAUGGUGGUAUUAUGAGAUUAUCCUGUUUCUGAGUGGCUUACAGAGUGAUCCAGAGUCUUGUGUUGCAGCAAUGGGCAUCUUGAUUCAAACAACAGGCUGUGUAUAUGUGUUUCCAUUUUCUCUGAGUUUAAGCAUAUCACAGCGUGUUGGCCACGAGUUAGGAGCUGGCCAGCCGGCUCGUGCCGAAUUGGCAGCCAUGAUUGGGCUCUGUAUGGGAAUUAUUUAUGGACUCUUGGCUUAUGGUUUGAGCAUUGCUUUAAGGUCUUUGUGGGGGAAGUUGUAUACUAGUGAGCCAUUGGUUCUUGCCUUAGUCUCAUCGGUACUUCCACUCUUGGGGCUUGCUGAAGUAGGAAAUUCACCCCAAACAGCCAUCUGCGGUGUCCUCACCGGUUCUGCAAGGCCUAAAGUGGGUGUUCGGAUAAAUAUCGCUGCGUUUUACCUCAUUGGUGUGCCGUCUGCUGCUUUAUUUGCAUUCAAACUUAAGCUUGGUUUCUGGGGACUAUGGCUGGGGCUGGUGGCUUCACAAGCUGCUUGUUCAUGCAUGAUGGUAUUCACAUUACUUCAAACAGAUUGGAAGGCCCAGGCUAAGAGGGCUGAGGAGCUGACUCUGGCAGCCAUAGACAAGGAUGAUGUGGAAUCCAACCUUGUCCCUUGA